AUGGCAAGAGAGGUUGUCCACGUGAUCGAUCUUGAAAGCGGGAACCUGCGCUCGCUGCAGAACGCCAUCGAGCACCUGGGCUAUGAGGUGGAGUUCAUCAGACGUCUAGAAAACGGCUCUUUGAUGCAUGUCCAGAAGCUGAUUCUCCCUGGAGUAGGCAACUUUGGCCACUUCGUCCGCGAGCUGCGUGCGCGCGGCUUUGUGGAGCCUCUGAUGGAGUACAUAGACAGUGGCCGUCCACUUUUGGGGAUCUGUGUUGGGCUACAGACUUUCUUCAAACGGUCAGAAGAGAGCCCAGAGGUGCAGGGCCUAGGGCUCGUGGACCUUGAUUUGACCCGAUUCGACGACUCAGACAAGUCCGUGCCCGAGAUUGGAUGGAACUGUGUCCGCGUUCUGGGCUCAGAGGAUGGCUCGACGCUGUACGCCAUGGAUCCCGGCUCUAGGUUCUAUUUUGUCCAUUCUUACGCGGGAAUCGUCCGCAGCGAGGAUAUCGACCGGUUGCAAAACGAGGGAUGGACCUUGGCCGUGGCCACUUACGGAUCGGAGACUUUUAUUGCCGCAGUGGUGAAGAACAAUAUUUUUGCUACGCAGUUCCACCCAGAAAAAUCAGGAAUUGCAGGUCUUCGGCUGAUCGAGUCGUUUUUGAAGCAGGAAAAAAACACAGCUAUUGUCAACAAGGCCCUGGAAGACGUUGAGAAGACACCCACAGGUCUCACGCGUCGUGUUAUUGCCUGUUUGGACGUCAGAACUAACGAUAACGGCGAUCUCGUUGUCACCAAGGGAGACCAGUACGAUGUGCGAGAAAAAAGCGACGCUGGAGACGUGCGGAACUUGGGAAAGCCGGUGGAGAUGGCCGAAAAGUACUAUCGCCAAGGCGCAGACGAGGUGACGUUCCUCAACAUCACCUCGUUCAGAAACUCUCCAGUGAAAGAUGCUCCUAUGCUUGAAGUGCUGCGGCUAGCGGCCAAGACCUGUUUUGUUCCUCUUACAGUUGGUGGAGGAAUCAAGGACGUGAUCGACCCAGACGGGACUCGCAUACCUGCCCUGGAAGUGGCCAGUUUGUACUUCCGUGCCGGAGCAGACAAGGUCUCGAUAGGUUCGGACGCAGUGAGUGCUGCCGAGAACUUCUAUGCCAACGGCGGCAAGUGCACCGGCACGACGCCAAUAGAGACAAUUUCCAGGGCAUACGGAAUCCAGGCUGUUGUGAUUUCCGUUGAUCCAAAGAGAAAGUACGUUGCUGAUCCUGCCAAGUGCAAGUACAAGUGCAUUGAGACGAAAGUCCCGGGGCCUCAGGGGGAAAAAUACUGCUAUUAUCAGGUGACAUCGCAGGGAGGUCGUAAAGUCCAUGAGCUGGGCGCCUAUGAGCUUUGCCAGGCAUGCGAAAAAUUGGGAGCUGGAGAGGUGCUGCUCAACUGCAUAGAUAAGGAUGGAACAAACUCCGGAUACGAUUUCGAGCUGAUCAACCAGAUCAAGAGUGCAGUGUCGAUUCCCGUGAUAGCUUCGAGCGGAGCGGGAAAGCCAGAGCACUUCGAGCAGGUUUUCAAAAAUACCGCCGUCGACGCUGCUUUGGGAGCAGGCAUGUUCCACCGCGGUGAAUACACUGUCAAACAGGUCAAGGACUACAUGAGAGAGCACGGGCUGUGCGUGCGUCUAGACGAGCACAUGGAAUAA